AUGAAUAAAAUUUUAAUUUUAUUUAUUUGUGUAUUAUCAUGUUUUAUUAAUAGUGCUCAAUCAUUAACUUUACCUCAAUUAACAGCUCAAAUUAAUGGUAAAGUAAUUUCACAAUCUUCACCAGACUUUAACAAUGCUCGUUUUGGUUACAACUAUCGUUAUAAUAGAGUACCACAAAUUAUUGUUCAACCAUUAGAUACUGCAUCAGUUGUUUUAGCUUUAGAAUAUGCUCAAACCAAUAACCUCUUAGUAUCAGUCAAAUCAGGUGGUCAUUCAGCCAUUGCUGAAGGUGUUCAAGAUCUUCGUGUUGUUAUCGAUGUUUCACAAAUGAAACAAAUUUCAUACGACCCAGUUUCAAAUAUUAUCACCACCCAAAGUGGUAAUAAAUGGGUUGAAGUUUACAACUACACAAUCAAUCAACAUCAAGUUGCCACACCAGGUGGUUCAUGUCCAUCCGUUUCAGUUGGUGGUUUAACAUUAGGUGGUGGUGCCAAUGAUCUUUCAACCGUACACGGUCUUGCCACUGAUAACGUUGUUGAAUUAGAAGUUGUUCUUGCCAAUCGUUCAGUUGUCAUUGCUAACGAACAAACCAAUGUUGAUCUUUUCUGGGCUCUUCGUGGUGGUGGUCAUGGUGGUUUUGGUAUUGUUACCCUCUUCAAAUUCAGAGCUCAUCCAGUUCUCCCAACUUAUUACAGCGCUUGGAUUACCUAUGCAUGGUCUGAUUUUGAAGAUGUUUUAACCUAUGUCAACACAUUCUCUGAAACUAUGCCAAACACUGUCAAUCUUUACUUCACCGCUUGGAGAAGUUCAAAUGCCACAAAUCCAUCAGUUGCCCUCUCAUGUUUCUUCAAUGGUCCAUCUCAACUCGGUGAAAGCCAUUGUGGUUCAUUCAGAAACUUCUCUGGUUCUAAAAGAAACACCUAUAUCACUCCAGUCACCAUCUCUGUAACAAACGCCUCAUACUAUGAAACCGUCAAAAAUGGUACUGAUCCAAAAGCAAGAUCAUCAUACACUAGUGGUUCUUUCCUCACUGGUAUCGAUAAAAAAGUCAUUAAAAAUAUUAAAACUCAAUUGGAGAAAUCACCAGUCACUCCAUACACUUUCAACACUGCUAGAUUAAAUUUAUACUGGCAAGGUGGUCAAAUGCUCAACCAAGCUAGAGAUUACAAUGCUUACGUUCAUCGUACUUAUCCAUGGAAUGCCGUUUGGUUAGUAAGUUAUACUGGUGGUGAAUUUGAAGAACCAUACAGAAAAUGGAUUAAACAAACCUAUCGUAAAUUUGAAUCAUUCUCUGAAGGUGUUUAUCAAAAUUAUCCAGAUGAAAAUAAUCUCGAUAAUUGGGCUGAAGCUUAUUAUAUGGAAAAUUAUCCAAAAUUACAAGUUGUUAAAGCUACUUAUGAUCCAAAUAAUUACUUUAGAUUUGCUCAAUCAAUUGGUUCACCAUCAUUAUCAUCAUAA